AUAAUAAUAUAAUCAAAGUGAUGCUUAAAUUUUAAAUCACAAGAAGAAAAAAAUUUACCAUUAUAUAGUUUUAUUGUGUGAAUUUUUAUAUACACAUUGUUGACAGUUUCUUUUAUACAUACAAUUUUUUGACCGAGUUUUUGUGUAUUUUUGGAAGAUAUACUUAACUAUACAUACCAAAAACAAUUGCUCAGGUUUUCUACUGGUGUGCGUGUGUGUGUGUAUAGGUUUGUGUGUUAGGCGGCAACCCAGGACAGGUUUACAGCCUUUUGAAGAAUCUGGACGUCUCAAAUCACACAACCAAUCAGAACAGUCACACGUGUUGGCUCUGUUCCCCGGCAACCAAUGAGAAGCUUUGGUUGUGUGACGUCACGGCUCACUGCUCGUCCCAAGGUGUGACUCUGAUCCCGGUGUCAAUAACUGCCACAACUAAUCAUUAGCUCUUAAGAUUACCUCGUGACGCGCUCCACAACUAGUCCCUAUUUGUCUUCGUAACCACCAGCCGAAUUCGACCCAACAUUUAUCUUACUCAAUCUAAGGUCACAUUUGCCCAUUCAAUCUUUAACUGGUAUUGGAACACAGCCAGCAACUCAAACUACCUACCGAGCGUCAUUGUUUCCCCAGAUCAUUGUAAACUGGUAUUUUGAAGAGUAUAUUUCUGGCUGUACUCAAUCUAACGUCACAUUUUACCCAUUCAGUCGUUGUAUGACAUUGUAACACAGCCAGCACCCCAAACUGAGUAAACUAACUACCCAGCGUCAUUGUUUCCCCAGAUCAUUGUAAACUGGUAUUUUGACGAGUAUUUUUCUGGCUAUACUCAAUCUAACGUCACAUUUUGCCCAUUCAGUGUUUGUCUGGUAUUGUAACUCAGCCAGCGAUCCAAACUGACGUCACAUUGUCCUUGAAAGUCGUGUGAAGGAAGUUUUUAGCGUCGUUUUUUCCCCAGAUAAUUGUAAACUGGUAUUUUCUCAAGAGUCAACAACCUAAUUCAUCGUAUUUUUCUAACGAUCUAUUUUGCCCAAGUAACCGUGAAGCAAAGUACCCCAAUCUGCGUCACAUCCUCCCUCAGCCAAUCAUAAACUUCUACUGUGACAAGAACCCUCAAGCUAAUCUUAACGUCGCAUUUUCUUCACCAAUCUUGAUCCAAUCUUUGUCACAUUUUGCUCAGAUCGUAAACCGGUAAAUUUAACAUUACAUUUCUUCCAAUCAAUCACAAACUGGUGUGACGCGAACCAGCAGCACAUUCACGUCACGUUUUGCCCAGCUAAUCCUGUGCAAUCCAAUCUGUGUCAGUCUCCCAAUCAAAAGCUAGUAACCAGUAAUAACAGUCAAGAGUAAGCUAUCCCAAAGUCACGUGUUACCUUCUCUUCCCAAAGUUGUCAUAGUCGUCUUACCUGUCUCACGUAUCAGUGCAGGUAAUUGGCUACACCUCUGGUUCAUUUUCUCACCUACUAAGUGGAAUUGAACGAAGUACGAGUCAGCGAACAAUCAAAUCAUCUUGCAAUAACGACCCUUACUUACAAUCAUUAGCGUUAAAGUCAAGGUUUUAUCCAGUCACAUUUUUUAAACCCUUGAGGUGCAAGUUCAUAUUAAGCACUAUUAUUUUUUGAAAGCAUAACACGGAAUAUACUUCAGAUUUUGUAUUUUUGGGAAAGGAGAAACAGGUGUGAUCUAUUUUGAUUGAAUAGUCAAGAGAAAUAAACGUUAUUUUUUCUAUCUCUUUCGAGUUCUUUCCCUUUUUUCCCUCCGCCUCUAAGCAAUUCGUAGGAGAGUGAAAGAGAGGGAGAGAAGGAAAAAAAGGAUAUUGGAGGGAUAGAUACAUUCCCUACCAGUCAUUAAAAAGUAACGAAUUUCUGUAUUGCAACAUGGAAAAAGGAAACAAAUUAAUGCCACUUGCGUAAGAUUAGAUAGAAUUAAAAAAGAAUAGAGAGAGAGAGAGAGAGAAGCGGUGACAUUAUUUUCAUAGAGACUGUAAGAGAGAGAGAGAGAGAGAGAGAGAGUUUCCCAACCACACAGUAGAACAAAAUAAACACAAACAGGAAACACACAACUCAGCAGAAGGAAAAGGAAAAACAAAAGGAAGAAUAAGAAAGAAUAAAAAAAAAAAAGUUCCCCAACAAGAGUAGUCGCCUGAGGAGACAAAAGAAGCAAAGAAAGAAAGACAAAAGAAGAAUAAAGAAAACCACCGCGGAGGAACAACAACAACAAAAGGAAGUUAAGAGAGAAACAUUUUUAAUCAAGGCACAUCUGAAAAACAAAAAAAAGAAAGAAUUGAAAAGGAAGAAAACAAGAGCAAGAAACUAAUACAUAAACAAAGAAAAAAAAAGAGAAAAAUUACAAAGAAAAGACAGGAUAGAAAGAGAGAUACAGAGAAAUUGGUACAGACGAGAAAGUGACAAAUUUACGAGGAAAAAUAAGAGAAACUAGAACGAACAAACAUUUUAGUUAACCACGAGGAAGAGGAAAGAAAAUAAGUAAGUGACGAAUAUAGAACUACAAAACUCACCCAAAUAAAGUAAAGAAAAGUAAACAAAGAGAAAAAAAAACCACAAACACUUCAGUCACCCACUUGAAAAAAGGAGAAGAAAACGAGAACACCUGAAGGGGAAGGAAAAACAUUAAUCUCCACACCGAAGGACAAAAGGAGGUGGUUCAGGAUGGCGACGAGACCAGCACGCCCCCUGCCGGUGCCCCCCGUGGUGCCGCAGGACUCCCGUAGGAUGAUAGGAGUCCUCAGUCUUGUCAUGAGGACUCUAAACUUUCCCUUCCCUCCCGAAACUGAUGAUGGCGACGAGGUGACACUUAUGUAUGCCAAGCAUGAGAAGGUGCCCAUGAAGGACUUCGGGUCGGAGGUCCGCGCCUCCAUGGACAUCGCGCACUUCCUGUCGCAGGCGACGCUGGUGCUGGACGUGGCCGAGACCUCCCUGGAGGGCAUCUGCGACCUGCUGCUGACCAAGCUGCUGGAGCAGGACGAGCCGCUCUGCUCCGUGGCCGAGGCCAAGUCCAUCCUCUUCACCCACGACACUUCCGGAUCAAAUGAAAAGGACAGUUUGUCAAAAGUACACCUCCUGGCGAGAACCAUCCAGGGCACUGCCACCUCUGAGAAUGGAAGCUUCGACUACGACCAGUCAUGGAUCUGUGCUCUUGGGAAUUUGCCAGCACUGCAGAGGCGCCACGUUGCGAUCGCCCGCCUCAAGCAACCAGCCAACAUGGGACGCACCAGCAAACAAGUCAAGCUGUUUAUUCUUGUCCUGUGCCCGAGCAAGGAGAAGGGCACCAAGAACUCCCUGGAGACGGGCCGCACCUUUGCCACGAUCUUCGCCGACAUGGACUUCCGACAGAGACUCCUGGAGGCGACCAACGAGGAGGAGUUCAAAAGACUGAUCAUCAAACACUCGCAGGAACUCGCAGAGGAACAACAGGUCACCAAUGACAAGAGAAUCGAGAUGAACCACGAAAGAGUAGAGGAAUUUGAAUACGAGAAACGGUGUAACUUCGCCCGGGGCCUGAGGGAGGACCUGGAGAGACGGCUGCCACACUACCUCUCGGACUACAGAGAUGGGGUGGUGGGUCACAAAACAGUCCAAAAGGUCAUAUCCACAACAUUCUUCCUGUACUUCGCCUGCAUCCUUCCUGCCAUUGCUUUCGGCGUGUUGAAUGACCACAACACCCAGGGCAGGAUAGAUGUGAAGAAGGUUAUUAUAGGUCAAGUUAUUGGUGGAGUGUUCUGGGGAGUGUUCUCUGGUCAGCCUCUCCUUAUACAACUCACCACAGCUCCUCUUGCCAUAUAUAUAAAAAUUAUCUUCUACAUAUGUGAUGACUUCAAACUGGACUUCCAUGCAAUGUAUUGUGCGGUGGGGCUCUGGAACAGCUUCUUCCUGGUGGUGUAUGCGCUGUUCGAUGUCUCACGGCUGAUGCGAUGGUCAACGCGCUCCACAGAGGAGAUAUUUGCCCUCUUCAUCUCCAUCGCCUUCUGCAAUGAUGCAUUCACUGCUGUCAGAAAAAACUUCAAGACCAACUACUACAGCCCGUCGUGCCAGCCGGGGCCUAACUCCUCCUACCUCGCCCCCCCAUCCCCCUCAGCGUACGCCGUGACAGGUAACCACUCUGUCUCCUACGUCACUUACCCUCCUGACCCCCACAUGGAGGACCUGGAGGGCAGCAAUGUCACAAUCACUGUGGUGCAGAGUGUCUGUACUCGGGAGAACUCAAUCCUCUACCUCCUGCUCAUGUUUGGAACACUGUGGCUUGGUGUCAUGCUCUACAACUUCAACAAGACGCCGUACCUCAAUGCCAACAAGCGGGAGGUUCUGGCUGAUUACGCCCUGCCCGUGGCCGUCAUUGUCCUGUCCUUCAUCGGCUCGUACGUUUUCCGCGACGUGAAGCUUAAGAAUGACAUGGAGCACUUCAGGUACGACAACAGCUACGACAUGUUCCAGCUGCCACCACUGUAUGUCCUCCCUAUCCCGGCCGUAUUUGCCACCAUGGGCCUCGGUUUCUCCCUCUCCAUGCUCUUCUUCAUGGACCAGAACAUCGGAUCAGCCAUGGUCAAUAACCCUUGCAAUAAGUUGAAAAAAGGGCCAGCCUACCACCUGGACCUGCUUGUGGUGGCCUUCAUGAAUGGGUUCCUCUCAAUCUUCUGCCUCCCCUGGAUGCACGCCUGCCUCCCUCACUCCCCGCUACAUGUCCGGUCAUUGGCGGAUGUGGAGGAAAGAGUGGAGCAGGGACACGUUUAUGAAAUAAUCGUCAAAGUGAGAGAGACGCGCCUUACUGGACUGUUCUCUAACAUCCUCAUUGGACUGUCCAUCUUCCUGCUGCCGUACCCUCUGGCCUACAUCCCCACAGCAGUGCUGGACGGACUCUUCCUCUACAUGGCUGUCACUGCACUCAAUGGCAACCAGAUGUUUGAGCGCAUCACCCUUCUCUUCAUGGAGCAGGCUGCCUAUCCACCUAACCACUACAUCAGAAGGGUCCCGCAGCGUAAAAUCCACAAGUUCACGGGUCUUCAGGUGAUACAGCUAUUAGUGAUGUGUUCCCUGGGCUUUGCUCCCUGGCCGUAUCUGAAAAUGAUGUUCCCUGUUGCGCUUCUGCUCCUUCUACCCAUCAGACACAAAUUGGUCCCAAUGGUGAUCGAAGAUAAAUACUUGGCAGCCUUGGACGGGGAACAUCAAUAAACAGACCAGCCACUAUUACUCUGGAACCUUCAAGCAACAGAACCAAACGCUGCAGACAUGGCGAGACAUAACCCACAAAAGAAAUUACCCUCAAACUUGAACCCUGGAAGCAGGAAACCGCAUGCCUGUGAUGGGAAUUCCAGAUGUGCGUCAAUGGUAAUGAGCAAGGUGGUGAGGGGAGGCGUGUGUCGUCUCCCCUGGCGCCCCAGCACGUUUGUUGGCUGAGAAGAUCGCACUGCGCAUUCCUCCGCUAUAGGACUGGCUCUCCUUCCCUGUGACUUUCUCCCCCUCGACUCCAUUCCAGGCAGGGCAAAGCAAGUCCACCGAGAAAAAGGAGGAAGAUGUAGCAAUGGUGUGAUCCACUGUGACGUAAAUCAAAAUGUAUGGAUAAGUCAGGGAGGUGUUUCAGAACCUCCCAACACUGACUCACUCACUCACUCACUACUGCGGGGUUUUUAUAUGAAAGAAUAUGGGCUUGUGUGUGGCAGUAACCCCCUACCACCACCACCACCACCACCACCACCACCAAUACCACCACCACCACCAUUCCUCCCAUUCUCAGUCCUUUCUUUUUCUUCUCUACAGUAGCUAGUAAACAAAUGCUCCCUUCCACCACCACCACCAGCUCCUCCUUCUCCUCCUCUUCCUCUUCCUCUUCCUCUUCCUUCUACAUCACGCAAUCCUUAACCUCCUGAAUAUAUAAAAUGUCAAAAAAGUAAAAAAAAAAUGACGUCAGAUUAGCUCAAAUUUUAAGCACUCACGCCCUAGACUGUUCUUUUUCAGUCGCCACUACAACCACAUACAUAAAUCUCAACUAAUCAGCAGUACUCCCACUCCUCUCCCCUCCCUCCCUCCACUCCCUCCCUUCCCCACCCCCCUGACCCCUUCCUGACCCCCCCCGAGCGCAAUCACCGUAGUGAGGAGUAAGUAAGAUGUAAACAGUAGUCCCGGAGUCUACUUAGCUCACUCUAGCGCAUAAUCAAGUUUGUACACCAAGCAUUAAUUAACUAAACUAACCAACUCAAUAGUCUGUUUUAACUAGUCGACUAAGGUUUUUCCGGGACGAUUCUUUGGUGUGUCACUCGUUGUUGUGGGGAUCAGUUCAGGAAUGCAUGGGGCACCAAGUUGAUAUAUGCAAAAAAAAAAAAAUGAUAUAUAUAUAAAUAUACAUAUAUAUAUAUAUAAUGAUACAGUCUUGGAACACACUACACGCACACUCUCACAGAUGCACAUGCACCCACACCGACACAUGUACACGCAGGCACAUGUGAGACCAGCCCCUAUGCCCCUCCCCCCCACACCUCCACACCCCCACCACUUAUGGAUGCAAGAGGCCUCACAUUCUCCACCAUUCAGUUCGCAGAAAGUAUAGCAACGUAGCACUUUAUAGCCUCCACUUCUAACCUGCUUCUGUUCCUUCCCGUCACCCUGUCCGCCACCACACUUAGUACAUUCUUCGCCUCCUUCCCGGCCCUCCCCACCUCCCUCCACGCAAGGAAGAAUGACGCCCUCUCCUCUCCCUCCAGCCAGCCCCAACCACUAUGCAGGUGGACCGCAGGUGUUCGGGACAGGUGUAGGGGCCAGCCUCACCCCACGUGUUGUUACCGGGCACUGAAUGGCCCGACAAUAAUGUCAAUAACUGUGUGUACAAAACGCGUCUCUAUUACUCCAGAGUCUAGUUUUCAUAGCCAGUGUUGAAUUAUAUCAUAGCUAAUAUUAUGAUAGAACAUUAUACAGUAUAUUUGAUAAAUAGCCUCUAGGUUUGUGAUUACACAGCCUCAGUUAUGAGCGGCAGAGUUGAUGUGGCUAGCAAAUGUUUGAGUGUGUUUGUGUGUGAAUGUGUGACUGCACGUGUCUGUGUGUGUGUGUGUGUGUGUGUGUGUGUGUGUGUGUGUGUGUGUGUGUGUGUGUGUUUGUGACUAUGACUGUGACUGUGUGUGUGCAGACACGCAUUUCAGUGUGUCCCUGCACAUGUAACAUUUCUGAGCUUCCAUUGGUUCAGUAUCUUUGUCCUUACUAUAAUGCUAAUUAAUGUUAGUCAUAUGUGGUGUUCUUUUAACGUUAGACUAUUUCUCUGCUCUGUGUACGUUUUAUCCACUUAGUGUGUUUCUCUGUCAGUUUGUCGACACUCUGUAUUCUUCUGUGGUGUAAUAUUUCUCUCUUCCAGUCAUGCUUUUUCUCCCAAUUUUGUGAAAGAACACCUGCUUCGGGUGACAGUGAUGUUGUAUGUGAUGGUAAAAUGCUAUGCAACAUUGUUAAAAAGUGUGUGUGUGUGUGUGUGUGUGUGUGUGUGUGUGUGUGUGUGUGUGUGUGUGUGUGUGUGUGUGUGUGUGUGUGUGUGUGAUGCCUCUUUUUCUCCCUGCUUUCUGAUUUCACUGCAGCACCACAGUUGUACUUGCCACACACCACAGUCUAGUCAGGCAGGUUCCUGCACUAGCUACAUCUCAACAUUCACUAAUACCACCACCACCACCACUACCACUACCAGACCUACAGUAGUACACCUUGUCAACAUCAUCAAUACAUGAUGCUGCUGUAUGUACUUAUUGUUUCUCAUGCCACUAUCCCUCCUCCUCCUCCUCCUCCUCCUCCUCCUCCUCCUCCUCCUCC